AUGGGCGAGAGCUUGACCGUCAGACUCUUUGUAUGCACACAGACGUACGACAUCCCGUGCGACCCUCGACAGCCUGCAAAGUGGCUCUUGAUGCAGGCCAAGACUAUCCAACGCUCUAGUCGAAAGCAUACGCCGCCAGAGGACGAGCUCGAGGUUUUGUUUAACCGUACGACUCGCCAGGUGCUCAACCUGGAGGAAUCUAUCGGUAGCAGCGUCUCCACCAUGGACGUGAUUGAUGCUCGCACUUUACUGCAGACACCUGAUACCUCCUCGUCCAAUAGCGCCAUGUUUCCGUGGCUUCGAUCGUAUCCGGGCGGUCUGCAGCUCUCCUCGGACAAGACGGACUCAUCCAAUGGCCUUUUCUUCCAGCAGUUGUACGCCUUCACUUUGAUCGGCAAACGCACGCCAGUGUCGGCUGCUCAACUCAAGCAGAAGAAAGACCAGGACGCAUUUCUGUCACUGGUGCACACGUAUGUUAUGGGAAACUACGAUCAGGACAACAGGUCACGACCGCAGACGAUGAACACAGCAGGAAAUGGACGACAUUUACGCGUUAAUGGAGGCAUCUCAGCAACUUCUUCAGACAUGUACGCUACAUCAUCAAGAGAGAACCAGUACCAGUCCACUGGAGCGAGACAAACGCCGGUGUCGUUGUCGCCUGCAUAUCCCCCAGAACAUGACUUGAAUGGUUUCUCAGACUCGGGAUCAGAUAGCAGUGUGGAAGACUCAUCGUCGUAUCCGACUCGUUCUUCACAGAUAAACGAAUACGGUGGGCCUCAACGUAUACCCGCUCCUUCGAGUCCUGUCCAAGUGCCGAUAAAUUCGUCUCCGUCAAUUUCUCAUUUUCAGAACACAUUGGAUGGAAUGGAGAGUGUGUUCGACAUUGUAUUCAAGCAGCAGGCAAUUGGGAUGAAGCUCGGUGCAGACGAGACCAAGCAGUACGCGAUUGUGAAGGAAUGUUUUGAAGGGUCUGAGGCGAAGCGGUAUCCUGAGAUUCAGAGCGGUGUGGUAAUAAUGGCGGUCAAUGGACAAGAGGUGAGUGGCCUUGGACUGUCACGCGUGCUGUAUCGAUUACGAGAGGCUCCACGUCCGGUUGUUGUUCGAUUCGGCCGCAUGUCGGCUCGUCAGCUGCAAGAACGACGCAAAGCCCGUGGCCCGUGGUAA